AUGCGAUGUGAAGAUGCCAAUAAAUCGCAUCCAGCACGACAUUCGUCGUUGCCGCCAAGUACAAAUACCGACAAUGAACUAAUCAUUAGUACUCUAACCGGUUUCGAAUGUGAUCUGGGUGACAAAUUAGCCCAAAUCGACCGCAAAACUGAAAUGCAAGUACAAGAACUCGAAUUAAGUGAAUGUCUUCUAUUUGUUGCUCAACUGGUUGAGUUAUUUAAACACACGGUUGUCACAACUACACUUCAGAAUCAAAAUGAAUGGUCCAAUGACACCAGCCAUCAUCUCCGAAAACAAAACGGUGCAACGGGAAAUACUUUACUCGAUCAUAAAGUCGAACAAAUCGUUAUGGACAAAGGUUUAACUAGAGAACAAUGGAAUUGCCUUCUUUAUAUUUCGCUUAGCAAUGGUGAUACGAGUGAAAUUACCAAAGUUAGUAAAAAACAACUACAAAAAAUUCAUGAAAAGGCAUCACGUCUUCUGGAAAUAGACGAACGAGAUGCUGUUUUUGCUCUUAUUCAUGCUAUUGAAACUUACAUGUCGAAAGAGCAUUUCCUUCAAAAAUAA